UGAGCACGUUUUCGAGUUACGAGAUUUUGAAGUUUGAGCAGCGUUCACCAGGACGGAGGUGUGACGAGUGCGGAGACCAACGUGGCGACGACUACGGAGCUUUCAAGAUACGUUGACGAAGGUUAGGUGAUAUGUCGAACUAUGGCGAUCAGCGGGGUGGUGACCACGGUGACCAGCUUGGUUAUGGUAGCGACCACCGUGAACAACGGGACUAUGUGGGAGAUCGACGCAGAUAUAACCGAGGACCCAGACGAGGACCGGUGACGUGCUACAAUUGCGACGAGGUUGGGCACUACGCCAGUCAAUGCCCACAUCCGCGCAGGAAUACGAGAUACGGCCCGUCUAGCUCCAUGGAUUUGAGACGUGCUCGGUCGUCAUCACCAAGGAGGCAAGAGCAAGGUUCUUACCGCUAUGCCCCGACGCAGGACCAUCUACAGACGAAGGUUGCGGAGAUUGGAAAAAGUAUCGCAGCGGUGUGCCAAUACGUGCAGAAUGAGCAACAGAAGAAGGCGGCAAAGGAACGCAAACGAGCAGAGAAGAAGGAAGCAGCUGAGCUGAAGGUUACGCGAGAUCGGGCUCAAGAAGAAGAAGAAGAAGGAGAAGAACAGAAAGGAGGCAGGGAUGACAGAGGCGAUGAACAAGAAGCUGGACAUGAGGAUCGUUGUGCGGGAAGCCCACCUAUGGAGCUACCUCCGAAAAGAACACCGAGGAAGACGGGACCCGUUAAUCUGACUACACGAUUCACGCGCACGAAGUUUAAGGCCGCAAAGAAGACUCCUACUCCGAGGAAGACUCCCGCAUCAAUUCGUAAGAAGAAGUUACCUGCAUCCAUUGGGGUCGUCGGGCGCCUGAAGUUCGAAAAGCAGGUGAUGCAGGAGUUAAAAAGUUUGGAUGUGUUGGUGUUGCAGAAUGUGUGCAAGGAGGAGGGCAUCCCGUAUAACGGUAAGUUUGAAGUGAUAUUUGAUAUUGCAGCUCAGCGUACCCCUAUGGCAUACGGGACUGACGAAGAGUGUGAGGAGUUACCCCAGGGUGGGGAGAAGGUUCCCGCCGUCGAAGUGACGGAUGCUGAAGUUACAGUGUGAGGUGGUUUCUGUGUAACUGACCUUUGGAAGAUCGUCCAUUGUCUUGUUAGAUGGAGAGCUGCGAACUCUUGUGUGGACACGGGAGUUGAGGAGUUGU